AUGAGAACACAUCAUCACCAACAGCCAUUUGUGUGUUUACAGAGCUUGACGCCGCCGCAGUUCAUCUUCUGGUUCCACAACAACAAGAUGAUCAACUACGACCAGUCCCGGGGAGGGAUCACGGUCACCAUGGACCACCAGGACCUCACCACCUCCAGGCUCACCAUCAACAACGCCAGCCUCAAGGACUCCGGCAACUACACCUGCAACGCAAGCAACAUCAAGCCGUCCUCCGUCAACGUGUUUGUCUCUGAAGGUGACAAAACUGCCGCCAUCCAGAGGUUGGGCUCCGGGAGUCCAGGUAUUACUCAAGCUCUUGGCUCCGCCUCCUUCAUCGUGUCCCUCCUGCUGACUCUGCAGGUCCUGCUGACGGGCUUGAGCUCCCUAGCCAUCUCCGCUGGGACCUGAUCCUCCUAGCAGCCGUCGUCCCCUGCCACAGGAGCAUCUAACUUCUGCUACACUCGCUUCAGCAGCGGCACAAAUGUUCACACUAGACUUGCAAUGUUCCUGCAGUUAUUUUUUUCCUUACAACAACUUAGGUCAAUAACAUUUCCCUGAUGUCAAAAACCUUUAUAUAUUUUGUUCUCCAAAAUUAUUUAUUCUAUUUUUUGAACGACCAGUAGAGUUUUCCAGUUAAAUCAAAAUAGAACUUUUCUCAUGUACGAAUCUUCCCUGGUCAGUAGAAUUAUCUUUUUCUUGAGAAAAUACGUGAAGGAAGUAGCUGAUUUUAACUCGGAGAAGUUUAUAUAUAAUUGCUAAAUAUUGCGAAUUAGUUGUUGACUGUAGAACAAGGACAGCGACUCUAGGGAUGACUCUAAGAGUUGUGCAGGAACUGUGUGUGUGUGUGCUAGUGCUGUGUUUCACUAUGCUGUUGGUGUAGGCCACAUCCCCGCCUUGCCCCUCGAACACCCCCCCCCCCCCCCAAGAUGCUGCGUUUACUGUUCCCACACACCAUAGGAUCUCUUUUGUUAUUAAUGUAAGUAGUUGUGUUUGAGGGCGAGGCGGUUGACGUGCGCCUCAUUCUACCGUCAAUCCAGCUCAUAAAUGGGAACAUUUUGCCCAAUCUGUUGCCGGCUGUGUUGGUGAGUCAUAUGCAAGCCGCUUACAUGGAGCGUGUUAGUCCACUGGACACGUCGACAGCCGAAGACAUCGUCAGCAGAUCCGUUGUCAUUGUUGCUAAUCCGUGACGUCAUCGUUGCUGAUCCGUGACGUCAUCAUUGCUGAUCCGUGACGUCAUCAUUGCAUCUGUACACCGCCAAACUCGCGUGCGAUAACCAAUUUGAUUGCAUAAAGAAACCUUUGCUGACAAUCAUGUUUCAAUGAAUGAGUUAAAAAUUCACAAAGAAGUUUGAAUUUCAGUUAUAUAGAAAAACAGUGCUAAGGAACGUUUGUACUCUUGGGAGUACCAGUUGGAUGGGAAAACGUGACAGAAGACAUCUUGUAUCAGCAACAGAGGUUUCGCCUUUGAAGAC